ACGAAACACAUGCUUUCUCUCUCUCUCUUGGACCUUGGUAGAAUGUGUCUGCUAGGAAACCAUAUAGAUUUAGAAUCUAGAUAGAGUCUAGAUCUAUAUUCGAUACUACUCUAGAUUAGUAGAAAUCUAGGUUGCGGUUGUGUGUUUGUUGAGCAUUAAUUUAACCUGUACUGUGUACUGCAGUGUACAUUGCAGAUCUAUUGUUUGAGACGUCCAGUUCCUGUAGUCCUGUAGACUAGGCCCCCCUUUUUGAAAAUGUCGCAAGAGAAUGAUAUUGAUAUGUCAACUUUUGAAAGCUUUUUACAAGUUCAUCGACAGCAGUUGGAAUCAUCGAAUGUGCCAGUUCAUUACUGGCAAACCCUGUUCCUCAAGCUAAAACAUGAGGUAUAUGAUGCUGGUUCUUGCUUCCAAAUGCAGCAGAUUGUGUGUGAAUCAGAGGACGGAGACUCCACCUUCUCAUGGAGAGUUGUAGCGACGGCUGAGGAGGGGAUUGACAUCAAGGAUCCUAAUCACAUUUACUUGAUAGAUCAUGCAUGGACGUACCGUAUAGGUGAUGCAAGGGCUGCUCUGAAUGAAGUCCAGGGUCUGAAAGAGAGAAUGGCUGCCCUUAUGGACAUCAGUGCGGAGAACAUGAGCAAUGAGGAGAUUGUGGAAGAAGUGCUGAGUUCCAUGUGGAAGUUUUGUCAGACUUAUAAAUUUGGCCAUCUGGCUAUGGGUUCAGAUGAAGCAAUGCCACUUUGGUAUGUCAUGGAUGAAUUUGGGAGCCGCAUUCAGCACUCAGAUGACCCCAGUGUUCGGAUUGUGCCGUUUUACUACGCUGAGCUAAACCUGGCGUUUUCCUUGAUGUGGCCUACAACUUCACUAGAAGAAGGAGAUGAAGUCACUCGAAAUUAUGUAGAAAACCAGGCUGAUUCUGCUGUGCGAAGUGCCAAGCUGGUGCCGUGGGUGCCUUGUGAUUUGAAACACGUCAGUUUUAAGAAUGAAGAGCCCAGUCUUGAACACUUCCAGAGCUUCAGGUUGAAGGAAACACUCCCUACCCCGUCGUACGAGUUCCCAGGUCUGCCACGAGACAGGAACCUCAAGGUGUUCCUCGAGUACCCAGGCUUUGCCGAGAACCUGAAUGACCGGCGGUUUGAGGUGGUGGACAGUGCGGAUGAAGCCGAUGUUCUGUGGUUCUCCAGACACUUUCAUGACUUUGAGGAGUUCAGCGAGACGCGGCCGGCCGCUCUCAUCAAUCAGUUUCCCAACGAGAUGGUGGUCACUGUGAAGGACAUGCUGGCGUUAACAGCCCGCCGGGCGGCCACCCCCGGCCCCAGCGACCCCAUGGAAGCGAACCCAAAAUGGCUGCCCAUCACAUACGACCUGCAGACGGAGCUUCCCAAGUUUGUCUCUUACUUCCAGCACAGGGAGGAGAAAGGAGAAGACAACCACUGGAUUUGUAAACCGUGGAACUUGGCCCGUGGUCUCGACAUGUAUAUCACCAAAAGCCUGGACCAGAUUGUGCGUUUGCCUGAUGCUGGGCCGAAGGUUGCGUGCAAGUACAUAGAAGACCCUGUUCUUUACUUCCGUGAAGAUGUAGGAGGGAAAGUCAAGUUUGACAUCCGCUAUAUCGUGUUGCUGUCAUCGGCUGAGCCUCUGAAACUGUUUGCCUACAAAGUCUUCUGGCUGAGGUUUGCCAAUAAACCAUAUUCACUGGACCAUCUUGAUGACUACCAAAAACACUUCACAGUUAUGAACUACGUGGAAGGUGCUGAUGAAAAGCUGAAACAGGUUCACUACGAUGACUUCAUCCCAGAGUUUGAGUCUCAGAAUCCAGGCUUUGUUUGGACCGAUGUUGAAAACGACAUCUUCAACAUGAUCAAGGAAUUGUUUGUGGCCGCCACCUCAGUCCCCCCUCCCCGGGGCAUCUGCGCCUCGCCCCAGUCGCGAGCGAUGUACGCCGUGGAUCUCAUGCUGUCCUGGGCCACGAAACCGACCGGAGAAAAAUAUAUGCAGCCAAUGAUCUGCGAGGUGAACUUUUCCCCCGACUGCGCCCGAGCGUGCAAGUACCAUCCCUUCUUUGUGGACGACGUGUUCAGUGUGCUGUUCCUGGAUGACACGGAAGACAAGCAUGUGACCCCGCUGUGAGACCCUGGUCCGGCGACUGGGGGGGGGGGAGAGCUGGUGUGGCAUGGGGCCUUGUGCUUCUUUUCAAUGUCAUGUCAAUUUUACUGCUGUGCUAGCGGGUUCCCAGACAAACAAAUUCUGGUUGUUAUUGUUUAGCUUGUUGUGAACUAGCACCUCAACAGCAGCAAUUGUUCUUCAAGAUUAGAAAUUCUGAGCGUGGGGGGAAAAAAAAAAACCUGUACAUCGGGGCUUUUUCAUAAAUUAAAAACUUAUCUUAUGAGAUUCAUGAGUGUUUCAAGAUUUAGAAAUUCUGAGCAUGAAGAAAAAGAACUGUAGAUUGGUGCUUUUUCAUAAAUCAAAAACUAUCAUUUGAGAUUCUCGAAUGUUUCAAUAUUAGAAAUUCUGAGCAUGAAAAGAAUGAACUGUAGAUAGGUACUUUUUCAUAAAUCAAAAACUAUCACUUGUGAUUCAUGGUUGUUUCAAGAUUAGAAAUUCUGAACGUGAGAAGAAUGAACUGUAGAUAGGUACUUUUUCAUAAAUCAAAAACUAUCUUUUGAGAUUCUUGAUUGUUUUAAGAUUUUGAAAUUCUGAGCGUAAUGAAAAGAAUGAACUGUAGAUCGGUACUUUUUUCAUAAAUCAAAAACUAUCAUUUGAGAUUCUUGAUUGUUUCAAGAUUAGAAAUUCUGAGCGUGAAAAGAAUGAACUGUAGAUAGGUACUUUUUCAGAAAAUCAAAAACUAUCUUUUGAGAUUUUUGAUUGUUUCAAGAUUAGAAAUUCUGAGCGUGAAAAGAAUGAACUGUCGAUCGGUACUUUUUCAUAAAUCAAAAUGGGCAUUUGACAUUCAUGAUUGUUUUGUUGUCAGUGCUGUAACUGUAAGAACAGCGCAAAAGAUUUAUUUUAUUUCAGUUUCUUUCGAAAGUUUAUUUCAAUUUCCCUGCUUAUUUAUAAGCUUAAUUACCAUAACUCUUUGCUACCUAAGUACAAGACAUAUUUAGCCUACUCAGUGGGACCACAUUUUGGGUCACUUUUAUUUGACAACUGAGAUUUAGCGUAGCUGUUUACAUGGGAAAACACACAUCUCCCCUUCCUCUCUCUCUCUUUUUUUUUUAAUAAAGAUUUUGUGAAAAGACUGUUAAACAUAGGAACCUACAAGCUUGAAAUUAAAGGUACAAAAUUACUCCAUAUUUUUUAAGCAAUGUUAAAAAGAGAUACAAAUGGUCAGUAUGAAGACUUGAGAAUAUUUUUUCCCCAAACGUUUUUUUGGGGGAGGGGGGAGGGGGGGUUGUGUGUGUGUUUGUUCUUUUUGUUAAAUGUUUUUUUUUAUAUCGUAAUGAUUGAUCUGUACUGUGCAUGGCCUUAAAACAGUCCAAUAUGCGAAACCCUUGCCCAUUUUCUUAUAUCAUAAAUAUUCAUUAGUAACCACUAAAACUGGAAAAAGCUUGGGUCAAGGCAAUAGUGCAAUUCAAUCAAAAUGAAUAUUCUGCUAUGUCUUUUAAACAAAUUAAUUUAUAGCAAAUUUGCGGGCUUUUUAUAAGAUUAAGAGGUUUGUUGUUUUUGUUUUAUAUAUAUAUAUAUUACCAUCACUGUUAUAAAUGAUUUGUGUUUAUUGCUAUGAAUUGUGUAUGCUUUUUUAAACCCUUUGGUUUAACUAGUUUAUGAAACAAUAUUGGCCUGUGCUCUUUUCUUAUCAAAUCAAGCCAACAAAAUCUUAUCUUAAAGGGUUGUAUUCAAGAAGAUUUUAACUGAGUAGGACAGCCCAGUAUUAUAUGACAGAUACUGGUCUUCAAGUGUGAUGUGGUGAUCGAGAAGAAGAAGAAGAAGACUGCUGUCUUCCAGAGUGAGAGAGGUUUGUAACCGGACUCGAGAACUGUAGACAGAGAUGAUAUGUGAGGUGUGCUGACAAAAUGAGUUACUUCUCGCAAUCCACAAAUAGAGAUAUUGGCAAAAAAACGACACUAGGGUCAAAUGUAUAGAAUUUCUAUUGAUGCGAUAUUCUUUCACUAUAACAUGCCUUUUAUUAUUUCAUACUUAUAAAAUGUAAAAGCUUCACCAAAAAGCAUGAUGUAUCUGUUUCCUUAAGGCUUGAAUCCGAGAAGUAACUGAUUUUGUCAGCCCACUUCACAUAUAUGUGUGUGUAUAUGAAUAGAUCUACACUUAAGGAAAGAAACAGAGAGUGUGUGAAGUUUGAAGUUUCUACACCAGGUCAUUGAGUGUUUUGUUGUGUGUUGUCAAGUUGUAGUAGGAUGAAAGAAAUUUCUGCUUGCUGUUCCCUAUCUUGACCACGGAGAUUAGUUCAACAUUGUGAAUUUAUGGUUGUCUGAAUAUAAGAGUGAAAGCUUUGUAGGAGCC